AUGAUGGUCGCUUGUCUGCUCCUCUCCAGCAUCUGGAGCGUUGAGUCAGGCUCCGUGCAGGUGAUGCACAGAAAGGUCCAGUCAGUCCAGGCAGGAGGAAACGUUACCUUCUCAUGCAAGUCAGUCACAAAAGAAGAUGUGCUACAGGUGACCUGGCAGAAGGAGACAGACGGCGCUGAAGACAACAUAGCGACCUACAGUACAAUGAACGGCCAAAAGAUAGCGAAGGACUACGCUGGUCAUGUGAGCUUCUCCCACAGCGACUUACAAGCCUCGGCCAUCUCCUUUCGUGGAGUCACCCUCCAAGAUGAAGGAUGCUACAAGUGCAUCUUCAACACAUUCCCCUCAGGGGCUGUCACCGGCAGGAUGUGUCUCAAGGUUUACGCCAUCUCUGACCCCAAAGUGGAGGCUAAGCUUAUAUCCAGUCCAGACAAAGCCAAGGACACUGAGAAAGUGGUGGGGGUGAGCUGCUCAGCAACAGGGAAACCAGCUCCAAAAAUCACCUGGCAUCUUCCCAGCAUCCUGCAGCAGAAACCAAGGGAGUACCACGUCAGGCUCGGCAACCAGACUGUGACUGUCAUCAGCAACUUCACCCAUGCCCACUCCAAAAUCCUCCAUCAGUAUCCCAUCGCCUGCGUGAUCCAACACCCCUCUCUAAAUGUCACCCUGGUUCUGCCCAUGGACACCGUGGUGCAGGGUCUGGACAGCAGCGUGGCACCAGCCGUUGCUAUAGCAGUGGGGGUGCUGGUGUCCCUGACUUCCCUCCUCCUCCUCGCCUGCCUCCGCCACCGCUACCUCAGGCACCUACGUGACCCAGAGAGAAACACAGCCCAGCCGUGCUGGCCAGUGCAGCAUGUGGAGGAAGCAGCUUCAAGGAUGCGUCUCAAACCCAGCGGGGUCUUUGGAGGAAGAGCAUGCCUCUGCGUGGAAAGCCUGGGGACCCGCGUCGAGGCAGGGGCCGAGGCGCUGCUGAUUGCCCGCCGAGGCCAUCCUGGCACAGGGGGUGAAGGAGGCGAGUGCGAGGUGGGGGUAAACUGGAAUCUCCAGUUUGUGGCUCUGUAUCGUUCUGCUGUGGAACUGGCAGGCAUUGAUUUGGAGGCCAACUUGGAAAAACUGAAGCCAGAAGCCACCAGGAAACAGCAUCAGUCAUCACUAGUGGGUCAAAUGUUUCUCCUGAAAGGAAAUGAGGGGGUGAACCCGUUUGAUGAUAACCUGCUCUCAGAGUGUCAGCACGGUGUUUCCCAGGCAGAUGUCUGCCUCGCUCGGCUCAGCAGCUCUACGUCUGGGCUUGCAGCCCGGAGUGAGCCAACACUUCCUUUCCUCCUCAUCCUUUCGUCUGCAGGCUGUGACCACAAGCAGGGUCCCCCUUGGUCUCAGGCAGAACUGAGGACAAGAAACAUGAACUAA